AUGUAUAUGAAUGAGGAAGUUAGUGAACUUAAGAAAGAAAUAGAAGAACUAGAGCAUUUAUUGCAGGAUGAAGAGAAAUGUAGAGCUGCGAUCGCGAAGCUGAACCCCAACAAUAACAGGAGCCACGAAAGAAUAUUGGAAAUUAGUAUCACAGUAAAAGGAGAUGGACCGAUUGUGUUAGUUUUAGCUCCAACUUGUGAACUUGCUGUUCAAAUACAACAAGAAGCAACUAAAUUUGGCACAACUUCAAAGAUUAAGAAUACUUGCAUUUAUGGUGGGGUUCCAAAGGUUCCUCAAGUUCGUGAUUUACAGAAAGGUGUUCAUAUUAUCAUUGCUACACCUGGAAGAUUGAUUGAUAUGUUGGAGUCUCAUCAUACAAACCUGAGGAGGGUGACUUACCUUGUGUUGGAUGAGGCAUAUAGGAUGCUUGACAUGGGUUUUGAACCUCAAAUGAAAAAAAUUGUUUCACAGGUGGUUAUUAGUUCACAAGACUUAAAAGCUAACCAUUCGAUUCACCAACAUGUUGAUAUUGUUACUCAGAAUCAAAAGUACAACAAAUUGGUGAAACUGUUGGAUGACAUCAUGGAUGGGAGUAGAAUUCUAAUUUUUAUGGACACGAAGAAAGGGUGUGACCAAAUCACUCGCUAG